AUGAGCAGCUUCCUCGGCAACCCAGGCAGGAAGAUUCUCAUCGACCGCCAGACCGACACGCUCGCUCGCACGCCGCUGAAGCUGCGCGUCGCCGUCGGCGAGCCCGCCGUCGCUCUCGAGGGCCAGCUGCUCGCCGACGCGAUCCGCGUGCGCAACGGAGAGCGCUACAUCUCGGGCGCCGAUGUGGCGAUGCUCAACGACGCCAAUCGCCCGCACAUCUAUCGGCGCGACGGCGUCGGCGAGAUCGCGCUCGGCGGCGGGCGCACUGCAGUCGCCUUUCAUCGCAUCCACGCACCGCAGCGCCUUCUGCCCAGCCUGAGAAUAGCACUGUCACAGGGCCGCAAGCUGCGUGAUGCGUGUCUGGCCGAGCCGGCCGUCAAGCAGGCCAUUGCGGAGAAGGAGAAGGUAGAGAAGGCCAAGAGGGAGAAAGCUGAGAAGAGGGUGCAGGCGGAGCAGAGGGAGGCCGAGAGGAAGAAGGCGAAGGGGGAGAAGGACCGGUGCGCAGCGAUGACGCCUCGACCGCCGCCGGACAGUGAGUCGUCGGCGAUGGUCACGCUGGCCGACGACUCGCGGACAGCCGGUGCAAAGACGGCCGACGAGUCCGAGACGGGAACUAGCGCCCGCCAGGAUCUGAGCGUCGAGCUGGCCGUAUGGAGCGGACAAGCGCCAGGCUCCUUCAUUGAGUCCACUGCCAGCCGAUCGCAGGCGUCGCGCGACAUGAUGCUGUGGGCGAAGAGCUACACGGAGCGCUUCGUCGCUCCGCUGAUUCAUCAGUACGCACCGGCUGUGGAGAAAGACCUAGCGUACUCAGCCGGGCGCGUACACGACCACCUGCAGGAGUUCCAUCCAGCUUCGGCACCGCUCGUUCAUCGUCUGUGGCACUGCCUCAGUCUGGUGAUCGGCCUCACGCCCGGACUGCAUGAGGAUGCGGCAAACGACGGCUUCUGCAUGCUUGUCAACUUCGACGACAGCGUGUACUUCCGCAUGCCGGCUCUCGAUGUGGCCAUAGACCUGCAACAGUUCGAUCUGCUGCUCUUCCGUGCUCAGGACUGGUACCACGCCACGGGCAUGUUCCCCGCGGCCGCGCGUGCGCCGUCGAGGCCAAGCCUCGAGCCGCUCGACGACGGCAAGGCGCCCCCCAUCGGCCGCUGGGCGAUGUCUCUCUACACGAGAAGAGCUUUCUUCGACACAUGGAAGAAGCAGGAGAUGCAGAUGGCAGCGGCAACGACGAGGAAGGCGGUCAAGAAGGCGGCCGCCGCCGUCGGCGCCGACGGCGAGGACGCCGCCGAGGACGAGGAGAUGGACGUCGACGUCGAGAAGCGCAUACAGAACACCAAAGCUGCGAAGAAGCGCCGGCUCAACAUCAAGAACAACGAGGAGCAGGACGAGGACAGCGAGCACGGCGACGAGCAGUAA